CAUUAUCAAAGCUUUGAUGGUUCAAAAUUAACCUUACUUUAUCGGUUAUUCAAAAAUAAACGUGAAUUUCGAAGGAAUAUAGUAACUAAUGGGAUAUAUUCAUAUUAAUUGUUGAUUUAUAAAACACAAUGAAGCGAGUUAUCGUAGAAGAAAGUGACGAUUCAAGAAGUGAGGACGAGAAUGUCUUAUCCGGCAACGAGGACGAAGUUAAUUCUGGAGAAGAAGAGAACUUUGCCAGUGAUGAAGGUGAAACAAGUGAUGACCAAGGCUCUGAUGCUGAGAAUGGUUCAAAGAAUUCAGCAUGGGCAGAUUCAGUAUCCAAGAUUUUAAAAAGUAAACCUAAACCCAAUAAACCUCUAGUGCUCUCUAAAGCAAAAAAAUUGACUGAUGUGAAAGCUAAACCUAAAGAAUCAGAAUUUGAAGUAGUACAGGAAGAUGGGGAAAUUAAAAAAGAACUGGUUGAAGAUAAACCAGUCGAAGAAAAGAAAGAAACCAAGGUUAAGAGAAAAAGGACAAAAGAAAUUCCCGGUUUAAGAGUGAAACCUGAUAUUUUGGAAAAAGAUCGAGAGAGGAUUCUUACUAAAGUAGCUACAAGGGGUGUUGUUCAGUUGUUUAAUGCUGUUAGGAAUCAACAGAAAGAUAUCAAUAAAAAAUUAUAUGAGGCUGGUCCUUUAGAAGUGAGAAAAGAAAAAGUAAUGAAAAGUAUUGAUAAGAAUACUUUCUUAGAUACUUUAAUGGGUCAGAAAUCUGAACAAGUUGAUGAAGUUCUGGCAAAAGAAGAACAUAUUCCAAAGAAAAUUAAAUUAGAUAAAGAGGAUAAUAGCGGAAAAGUUUGGGAUGUUCUGAAAGAUAACUAUAUGAUGGAUGCUAAAAUGAAGGAUUGGGAUAAAGAAUUGGAUAGUGACUUGGAAUUAGAGACUGCAUAAACAGUUUGUUUUUUUUGAUAAAUUGCUAUACCAAUAGAUUGAAUGAAAAUUAUGUUCUUUCUUCACUAAAUUCAACAUCCAAAAUUAAAAUGUACAUAUUAUGAAGCUAGUGUUAUCAACUGCAUAGGUUAAAUAAAUACUUAUGCUGUCAUGAUGGAAUAAGAAUUUUGUAAUAUUUUUACAAUAAAUGUUAUUUAUUAUU